AUGUUGCCUAUAGUAGAAUCAUCAAUAAUUCAAGAUGAUACCAUCAAUGACAAAGAUAAAUCAUUAGCUGAAGAUGAAUUUCAUACAUCAUCAAUUCAAAUAUUAACUUCAGAAAAAUCAACUGGAUCUUUUCCACUCAUUGACAAAAGACUGUCGUCAUCAACAGAUGAAAGUUUACAGCAAAAAUCGAUAUCAUUUAUACUACCAAAUAUUACUGAAAAUCUUUAUACUAUUCUCCUUGAAUCACUUCAACAAAUGACAGAUAUAGAACAAAUUUCAUUACAAAAAAAUUUUCAACUUAAUUCAGAAAAACAAGAAAUUUUUCAUAAUUUAAAAAAUCAAUUUCAUAAAUAUAAAAAUGAUUUUAAUCAAAUUCAAAAAUAUGAAUAUUUUGAAAUUCAACCUAUAUUAAGAAAACGUCUUGAAUUAGUUAUUCGAACAUUUGAUAUAGAUUUACAACUUAUAGAACAAAUUUUUAAUGGUAAAACAUUAACCGAUCUUAUUCCUAAUAAACCAUCAAUUAUAAUAAAAACAUCUAUGCAACCAAUUGAAUCACAAAUUUAUAAUGAUAUAAUAUCAAUUCGAGAUAAUUUAUCAACAAUAGCAAUCAAUAUGAAAAAUUGUCAAAUAAUAUAA